UUUUGGCUUUCGCAAGGUGCAGUCGCGUCGUGAUCGCAUCUUCCAGUUACUUAUAUAUAUACAUACCAUAAGAUACUGAAAAUCCGAGGAUCGUUCUAAUUCAACAAAAAAAAACCUUUAUUCUUGGUAAGAAAUGAACACGUGCUGACCAUUUUGGACAAUCGAGAUAUGCAAAGACAUACCAGCACAAUGAGUCGCUUUGUUCUGCCCCUGAUCCUCAGCAUUUUGCUGGUCAGUAUGCCACCACCAGCGCAGUCUCAAGAUGAGUCCCUGGCUGGCAGUUUUCUAUCAGGCCUCUUGGAUACCAUCACCAGCACAGCAGAUGCCAAGGAUUGUCCUGGAGUCUGUGUCCACACUUUGGCUACUUUAAUUUGCUACGAAGUUCUUGACGAUGUGGCUUGUCCUUCGGCCAGCAUGAAAUGCUGCAUAGAGAAUGCUCCAGCUGGUAAAAAUGCAACUGCUGUGAGGGCGACAACAACGCCAAAACCCACAACUACCACUAGUACCACAACCACUCAGAGGACCACCACCACGCAGGCCACCACUAGCACCACAAAGCGCACAACCACAACCAGCACCACGGCAAAACCCAAGCCAAAACCACAGACCAAGCGACCUGCUGCCAGCUCCACCACAAAAGCAACAGCGGCCACCACUAAGAAACCCAGCACCACCAAGAAAGUGGUCACAAGCAAGCCAAAGGAUAAGGAAGAGGCCACCAAGGCGGAUGAUGCCAACAAAGACUGCACUGGAGUUUGUGUAGCGGAUCGCAUAGCGGAGUACUGUGAGGCAUAUUUGACCAGCGAUGGAUUGUGCAAGGAAGGCACCAAGUGCUGUGUCUCCCUAGAUGAAUACUCCAAUACCAAACUGCCCAAGGAUAUAUACAUUCCAGCAAAACACAUGAGCAACCUGAAACCAAACCAAACACUGUCCGAGAAAUCAGCUCCCUCUAAGAGCUCCAGCACUUCGACAAGUAGCACCACUACCACCAGCACCACCACUACACCUGAACCGGCUAGAACAAACAACAGUUCCCCAAAGCCUAGCAAACACAAGAAGCAUCCGACGACCACAACCACAGAAGCUGCUGAGGAAGAGGAGGAGGAGACGGAGGAAGAUGGCGAGGAGGAGGAGCCACCACUAAGCAAUAAACUGAAGUCCGGUCAAGGCCAGGGUCAGGUUCUGAAGGAAUGCGAGGGCGAGUGCAUGAAUGGAAUAUUCGCCAUUUUCUGUGAUGACAUCGAUUCCGAGGCUUUUUGUCCCGGAGAAGGGAGCUGUUGUGUGACCGGAACUGCUUCGGAAGCGCCACCCGCAUCGAAAGCACCACCCACCAAGCCGGCCAUCAAACAUGCCCCAAAACCCGCAGCCAAGCCUGCUCGCCCCAUCACUCCACCACCUGCCCCAGCAACGACAUCAGGAGGUGCUGGUGGGGACUUCCUCUCCCAGAUCAUAUCUUUUGCGGAGAGCACUUUGAACUCCCCAGCUCCUCCACCACCCCCACCACAGGCUCCGGUUCAGGUGCCUCGUUGUCCAGGAUUCUGCCUGCUUAAUAUUAUGGCUGCUUUCUGUGAGAGGCCUUCGGUGCUUGUUUCCACACAGACCACCUGCGCCAAGGGAUCCGUGUGCUGCGACAACUCUAGAGCCGGAGCUCCCAAGCCCAAGCUGCCACCGCCAACGCCUUCACCGACGGCCCCGCCUACUGCUCCACCAUAUGUCCUGCCCAAUACUCCAAGUCCGGAUCCACGAGAGGAGUGCCCCGGAUCCUGUAUCGUCAGCCUGCUCAGCUUUACAUGUUUCAAAAACGCCGAGAUGACAGACAUGUUCCGCUGCAAGCGUUCCGGCCAGAUUUGCUGCGCGCCCAAGAGCAAGAUCCUCGAGAAGCAACAAUUCCAGACACGCAAUGAUACCGCCUACUAUCCGGCCCCACCUCCGCCUCCAAUUGGCCCACCCCAGGCAUAUCCACCGCAGUCACCGCCCUACACCUUCAUGAACAACCCGCCGCCACAGGGGCCGCCACCUCAGAUGGGUCCUCACCACACCAAUCCCUACCAGCCUCCGCCACCAGCGCCAAACUACAAUGACUACUAUCCAGUUUCCGGUCCUGGACUUCAGGGGGGACUUCCACCACAACCUCAGCCACCAACAACGCCACCGACGACGACAACAACGACCACGACUCCAAGGCCACAUGUGUACUCCAAGUACGUUUGUGGUGUGAAGGGAACUCUAAGGACAGGAAGGUCUCAAGCUCUUUCAUUGGUAUCCUAUGCCCGUGCCAAGUAUGGAGUUAAGAGAUCAGCUCGCCAAAUGACUUCAGCCGCCGGAUAUUCUGGAAACUUUAACAAGUCAAACGAACGUUUGGUCCUUGGAUCUGCCAUCGUGCCCAUCCAGAUUCACAAUGAUAAAUUGGGCGACCUUGUCGAGUCGAGCAGUCUGCAGAGCAACCAACUGCGAUCGUAUCACAACCACCAGGAGGCAGAUCAACCAGAUCUGGUUUAUCCGGAAUACUACCAGCAGCGAUCGCUGUAUGGACUUCAGUCCAACUUCAGUGGAAGGCGCAGGGCUCGAGUGGUGGGUGGAGAGGAUGGCGAGAACGGAGAGUGGUGCUGGCAGGUGGCUUUGAUUAACUCCUUGAAUCAAUAUCUUUGUGGAGCUGCUCUUAUCGGAACUCAGUGGGUCCUCACUGCAGCCCAUUGCGUCACCAACAUUGUCCGUUCCGGAGACGCCAUCUACGUGCGCGUUGGAGACUACGAUCUGACAAGGAAAUACGGUAGUCCAGGAGCGCAAACCCUGCGCGUGGCCACCACUUACAUUCAUCACAAUCACAAUAGCCAGACUUUGGACAACGAUAUUGCCCUGCUAAAGCUCCAUGGCCAAGCGGAGCUCCGCGAUGGAGUGUGUUUGGUGUGUCUUCCAGCUCGAGGAGUCAGCCAUGCGGCGGGCAAGCGAUGCACAGUGACUGGUUAUGGAUACAUGGGAGAAGCUGGUCCCAUUCCUUUGAGAGUACGUGAGGCAGAGAUUCCCAUUGUGAGUGAUACGGAGUGCAUCCGAAAGGUGAAUGCCGUAACGGAGAAGAUCUUCAUCCUGCCCGCCUCAAGUUUCUGCGCUGGCGGAGAGGAGGGACACGAUGCCUGCCAAGGAGAUGGAGGUGGUCCGUUGGUCUGCCAAGACGAUGGAUUCUUUGAGCUGGCCGGUCUCGUAUCCUGGGGAUUCGGUUGUGGACGCCAGGAUGUACCCGGCGUCUAUGUGAAGACGUCCUCCUUUAUCGGCUGGAUCAACCAGAUCAUCAGCGUGAAUAACUUAUAGUGAGGAAUCUCGCAUAGGACACUGACAUCAUGUGCGGGAGGAACCCCGCUCUUGUGGCGAUUUCCCGGCUCAAAAAACCUGAGAGUCCUGGUAUAGCCUACGAUUGUUUCAAGGGGUUCCCGCUCUUCGACUGCUAACGUAAACCCAUCCUAGUGUAAUCUAUUCAUACCUAACCCUAACUCUAAUCGCUCGAAAACCAGAAAGCAACUAUAUUAACUAUUACGAUUAUCGGUAGCGUAGACGGCAAUCUUUAAAAGUAUUCCCCUAUUUGAUAACGCCCUAUGGUAAACUGUUUUUGUAUAUACAAAAUAAAUACAAAAAAUCUUCAGUUAUAUAA